AUGGUCAAGGGCGCUGCUGCUGCUGCUGCUGCCGCCGGGGGGCGUCCUACGGGGCCCGGUGUCUACAGUGCCACGUACAGUGGUAUUCCCGUGUACGAGUUUCAAUUCGGCACGGACCUCAAGGAACACGUUAUGCGACGAAGACACGAUGACUGGAUCAAUGCAACACAUAUUCUGAAAGCUGCGGGGUUCGAUAAACCCGCCCGUACCAGAAUUCUAGAGCGAGAUGUUCAGAAAGACAUACACGAAAAGAUCCAAGGAGGAUACGGCAAAUAUCAGGGUACCUGGAUACCACUCGGUUCUGGAGAAGCACUCGCGCAACGCCACAGCGUCUACGACAGAUUACAACCCAUCUUUGAAUUUGUUGCCGGCAACGAAAGUCCUCCACCAGCACCUCGACACACAACGAAGCCAAAGACUUCAAAGGCCAAGCCCCCGCCUCCUCCCCCUCCGAAAUGGGGCGCCAGUGCUGUCAUGGCACGUCAUGACGAGAUGGACAACGGCGAAGCGAUGAUGGGCGAAGACGAUACUCCUGACAAUCUUACGGUAGCUUCUGCCUCGUACAUGGCGGACGACGACCAUUUUGACACGUCGUACAUGUCAACAACAGGCCACAGGAAACGAAAAAGGGAGGAACACGUGCAAGACCUCACCGAGCAGCAACACGCGGUCUAUGGCGACGAGUUACUGGAUUACUUUCUGCUUUCUAGAAACGAGCAGCCCGCCAUCAAGCCCGAUCCGCCGCCCAACUUCCAGCCAGACUGGCUCAUCGAUGCCGAAAACCACACCGCGCUUCACUGGGCCUCUGCCAUGGGCGACGUGGACGUCAUCAAGCAACUGAAGCGCUUCCACGCCAACAUAUCGGUCAAGAAUAUCCGUGGAGAAACACCAUUUAUGCGAUCGGUCAACUUCACAAACUGCUACGAGAAGCAGUCGUUCCCCGCCGUGCUCAAGGAGCUCUUCGACACGGUGGACGCCAGGGAUAACUCUGGUUGCACAGUCAUCCACCACGCGGCGGUGAUGAAGAACGGGAGAGUAUUUAGCCCGUCGUGCUCACGAUACUACCUGGACCUCAUACUCAACCGGCUGCAAGCCAACGUGGACCCUUGCACGUUCCAGCAGAUGAUCGACGUGCAGGACAACGAGGGAAACACGGCCUUGCACCUGGCAGCGCAGAGAAACGCCCGCAAGUGCAUCAGGGCGCUGCUCGGCCGCAACGCUUCGACCGACAUUGCCAACCACGAAGGCAUAAGGGCGGAGGACCUGAUUAUGGAGCUCAACGCUGCGAAGAAGGAGCGCAACCCCCAGCGCUCGUCGUCACCGUUUGCGCCAGACUCGCAACGGCAUGCCUCGUUUCGGGACGCCUUUGCGGAGAAGAAGAAGAAGCCGACGGCUUUCCUCUCCACGGCCGCGACGACGGUGCAGUCUCGGAUCUCGCCCUUGAUAAUGGAAAAGUUCCAGGACCUGGCCAAGAGCUACGACGAAGAGUGGCAGGAAAAGGACGUGGCAGAGGCCGAGGCGCGAAGGAUCCUAGCAAACACGCAAGCGGAACUCAGCGCAGCCCGCCAACAAAUAGCCGAGCUCGAGGCGCAGCUGGAAUCCGACGAGGUGGCGAGCAAGAUUCUGAGCGAGGCCAACCUGGCCAAGCACCAGGUCUUGUCGCUCAUCACGCACCAGAACAGGCUGCAUAUCCACCAGGCCGUGGACAAUGAGCUGAGCCGCCACAACGGCGACACGAGCCAAGACGGCACAUACGAGGAGAGAUUGGCUCUUGCCCGGCAGCUCGGCCAGAUGCUAGCGGAGCAGAGACAAGCCGAGGCGGACUACGUUGAUGCCCUGAGCAUGGUCGGCGUCGGGGACAAGAUUGAAAAGUAUAGGAAGCUGCUGAAACGAUGCCUGGACGCAAAGGACGGCGAGAGCCUGGACACGAACCUGGACAAUCUCAUUGAGAUGAUGGAGGAAGAGAAGGACGCAAGCGGCGUGGAGGGCGCAGCACCAUCAGCAGCGGAACCCAUGGACUAUGCUGUGGGCGCUUGA